AUGAAGAUGACCUUAAAUGAAUAAGAAUUUCUCAAAAUUAACAACUUAUGGAACUACUUUGAUUUUUAUAUAUUUAANUUUAGUCCUUUAUCUUUAAUUUGUUCAUUUAUAUUUCUUGAAAUUGGUUGUCUAUUGAAUUUACUAAAAAUUGCCACUACUCCAUCUGUAAAAGGAAUCUUUGUAGGAACUAUAGCCAUGGUGCCUUUAUUGAUGCCAUAAUUUGCAGAAUUAUUUGGAAUUAUAAUGUUUAUUGCUAGCAUUUUAACUUCUAAUUAUUAUGCAUAUACAGGAUUAAAAUAAUAGGAGUAUUUUUCAUCUUUUUGGGGUUCUUUUUAUACUCUUGUUUAAAUCAUGACUUUAGAUGGUAUUAUAUUAUAAUAAAAAGAUUGGGGAAAUAUAGUUGAACCAAUGUAUUCAAAGCAUGGAUUUAUAUUACCAUACAUUUUGAUACCUGCAUAUAUAUUUUUAAGUAAUUUUAUCAUUUUAAAUACUUUAAUUGCAUUGAGUUGUGAAUAUUUUGUGGAAGUCAAAUAUUAUUCUAUUGAAAAAGAUUAAAAUGAUGUUAGAUGUUCUCAAUUUGUUGGUAUCAAUGAAUUGAAGAAUUAUUGUAAAUAAAAUUAAAGUAAUUUAUAGUAUCAUCAUACUUAAGUGCACUUUAAUCUCCCCAAUGUGGUCAUUAAUCAUCAUGAU